CUUAACCUUUUUUAAACUAUCGCAUUUGUUGAUUUAAAUCGGAAUGUAUUAGUAUAAUGAGUAAUCCAGGAAUGGAACAAGCUAAUUGGCUCGAGAAAAGUAGAUAAAAUAGAAACUCUACAGAGCUACAAUGAAUUGCUAAAUUACCUCUGGACACGAAGGGUCUACGGAGCUCCUCCUCAUGACGCUAUGCAGCCUACACUUCCGUAUUUCCGCUGUGUCAUGUGCAUAGAUUUCAAGAAGCUAGACAAGUCUUCCGUAUGCGCUGUCUAGACCCGGUGUGUCUAGAAUCCUGUUUUCUAUGCUGUGGCCAUUUUCUUCAGUGGAACGUUUUCUAGGUUACACAACGGCAGUAGAAUACUUGAAUUAAGCCACAGGUUUUGACUCAGAAGGACAAAGUCGUCCAUUUGGAGCGCUUAUUCGGGACACAAGAUCAUACAGAUCUCUUUAACCUAAUUCUGAAGAUAGUUAAGGCGGUCGUUCAAUAUGCUUUUGGGCAAAGUGAGCUUGACUCCUGCUUUGUGCACAGCACUUCGUAUCUCCCCUGCCUUUUCCGGGAUUCAGCAGCAGAUCGGAGCAGCCGCCACGCAGAAUGCCCGCCUCUAUGCUUCUUCUCAGGCUGCGGAGGUAGGCAAUGCAGUGCUGGACAAACAGGCUGUUGGCACCGCCACAGCAACCAAGGCAGCCACUGCCAAGAAGGCACAGAGCGUGGAGUCCCAGUCUUUUGCUGUCAACAUGUUCAAGGGUCAGAUCAACCCCUCACAGGUCUUUCCCUUCCCCUCAGUGAUGAACGAGGAGCAGAUCCAGUUCCUCCAGGAGUUAGUCCCACCCGUUUCCAAAUUCUUUGAAGAGGUGAAUGACCCAGCAAAGAAUGACUCCCUGGAGAAGGUGGAGGACAGCACCAUGGAAAGCCUGAAAGAGAUGGGGGCCUUUGGCCUGCAGGUCCCCCAGGACCUGGGGGGCGUGGGGCUCACCAACACACAGUAUGCCAGGCUGGUGGAGGUCGUGGGCCAGCACGACCUGGGGGUUGGCAUCACUCUGGGUGCCCACCAGUCCAUCGGUUUCAAGGGCAUCCUGCUGGUUGGUAGUCCCGCCCAGAAGGAGAAAUACCUACCCAAGCUGGCCACAGGUGAGACCCUGGCUGCUUUCUGUCUGACUGAACCAGCCAGUGGCUCUGACGCUGCGUCCAUAAAGACCCUCGCUACCCUCUCUCCCUGUGGAAAACACUACAUCCUCAAUGGAGGCAAGAUCUGGAUCAGUAAUGGUGGUCUGGCUGAGAUCUUCACAGUGUUUGCCAAGAUGCCCAUGAUGGAUGAGAAGACAGGACAAAUGAAAGACAAAAUCACAGCCUUUAUCGUGGAGAGGAGCUUCGGAGGAGUGACACACGGUCCCCCUGAGAAGAAGAUGGGCAUUAAGGCGUCCAACACGGCGGAGGUGUACUUUGAGAAUGUCCCUGUACCCAUUGAGAAUGUCCUGGGGGAGGUAGGUGGCGGCUUCAAGGUGGCCAUGGCCAUCCUCAACAACGGGCGCUUCGGCAUGGCCGCUGCCCUCUCCGGCACCAUGAAGGGAGUCAUCACCCAGGCUGUGGACCAUGCAGCCAACAGGGUCCAGUUUGGCAGUAAGAUCCACACCUAUGGAGCUAUCCAGGAGAAGUUGGCACGCAUGGCUAUGCUGCAAUAUGUCACUGAGUCUAUGGCCUACAUGAUCAGUGGGAACAUGGACAGUGGAUCCAAAGAUUACCAUAUUGAAGCUGCCAUCAGCAAAAUCUUUGCCUCUGAGGCUGCCUGGGAAGUGACUGAUGAGUGUAUCCAGGUCAUGGGAGGAAUGGGCUUCAUGAAGGGCUCUGGUGUGGAGAGGGUGAUGAGGGAUCUUAGAAUCUUCAGGAUCUUUGAGGGAACCAACGACAUUCUCAGACUGUUUGUGGCUCUCAACGGAUUCCAGGAUGCAGGGAAGCACCUGAAGUCUCUACAGAAGGCUCUGAAGAACCCUCUGGGCAACGCUGGGCUGCUGGCUGGAGAGAUGACCAAGAGGGCCAAGAGGAGGGCAGGUCUGAGCACUGGCCUCACUCUACAGGGAUCAAUCCAUCCUGAGCUGUCUCACAGUGGAGAUCUGGCUGUUAAAGCUAUCGAGCACUUUGGAGUCACUGUUGAGGAUAUGCUGCUCAAACACGGCAAGAACAUCCUCCAUGAGCAGUUUGUGCUGAAGAGAGUGGCAGACAGUGCCAUUGACCUGUAUGCUAUGGUUGUUGUCCUGUCCAGGGCAUCCCGCUCUCUGAGCCAGGGUCAUGCCUCUGCCCAGCAUGAGAAGAUCCUGUGUGAAACCUGGUGUAUCGAGGCCUAUGACAGGAUCAUGAAGAACGUCAAGGACCUGAAGUCUAGUUCCACCACCCAAGUCUUUAAGAACAUGAAGGCCAUAUCUGCUGCCGUAGUGGAGAAUGGAGGCACCGUCGCUCCUCACCCUCUGGGUUUCUAAACCAGCUCAUAGUACAUUUAUAACAUUACCAGAAACAUACUACUCCCUGAGAGAGAGGUCCUUUUCACACUACUGAUCCAAUCCAAGCUGUACUGUACUGGCUGAAACCAUGCUAGAAAGGAAAAUGUGAAACCAAAAUCUGAGCCAGUAUGGUUUGGGUCGGCACGAUAAUGCGAAAAGGCUAAGAGAGCGCUCUUCUAUGGGAGAAUCUCCACUGCAUACUUCUCAUGUCCUCGCCUCUUUCUCAAAGCCCAUUGGAGGAGGUCAGAGGGGGAUGUAACUUUUCUCAUCCAAUGGGUCUUGAGAAGGAGGCGAAGAGAGAAUGCAAGUAGUAUGCAAUUGAGAUUCUCCCAUUGUCUCAAAGACCCUCUGCAGAAAAAACGUAAUUCUUCAAGCCUCAACGUCACAAUGCAUCACAAGCCAGGCGGAUCAACUAUCCUUCCACAUGGUUCUGACUGUUGAUUUACUGAAUGUAAAGUCUGUUUUACUUUUACUAUAUUUAUGGCCUUUUAAAUAAUAUGUACUGUGAUCUUGAUAUCUGUCCAGGAUCUCAUUUGGAACUAACCAUAUGUGUAUGGUGGUAUUUAUCAAAUGACUAAGAUGUGGGGAAAGACAAAGUUAGUUUGUUGAAGGUUUUUGUAUUAAGUUGAGAUUUGGUUCUGGGUUGCUGAGACUGUUUGGGACAAUUCUGAGGAAGGACAGUUUGAGGAAGUAUAGUGACAUCAGCCUUGUAUCUGGGAUCUUUGAAUGCAACACUUUGCGUUCAUUGUGACUAAAUUCUCUCUACCUGUCAAUAAUUUGAUAUGUACAGAGUUGUGUGUGUGUGUGUGUGUGCUGCACUCACAAAUGGCCUCCAUCUGAAAUGGCAUGCAAGGGAAAAUAGGGUGCCAUUUCAGAGUCACCCAUGGUCUCUCCCCUACUAGUUCUUUGUUGAAUAUUCUAAUGUCCUUUGACAGUUGACCUUGGUAUUGUGGUCAGGUGUCAAUACGUCACAUUCCGUGCAAUCAACCAUCUGCCCUUCUGUUUUCUCUGCUUUUCAAAUCACAUUUUAUUUGUCACAUACACAUGGUUAGCAGAUGUUAAUGCGAGUGUAGUGAAAUGCUUGUGCUUCUAGUUCUGACCAUGCAGUAAUAUCUAACAAUUUAACAACACCUGCCUUAUACACACAAGUGUAAAGGAAUGAAUAUGAACAUAUAAAUAUAUGGAUGAGUGAUGGCCGAACGGCAUAGGCAAGAUGCAGUAGAUGGUAUAGAGUACAGUAUAUACAUAUGAGAUGAGUAAUGUAGGGUAUGACACAUUAUAUAAAGUGGCAUUGUUUAAAGUGACUAGUGAUACAUUUAUUACAUCCAAUUUUUCAUUAUUAAAGUGGCUAGAAUUGAGUCAGUAUGUUGGCAGCAGCCACUCAAUGUUAGCGAUGGCUGUUUAACAGUCUGAUGGCCUUGAGAUAGAAGCUGUUUUUCAGUCUCUCGGUCCCAGCUUUGAUGCACUUGUACUGACCUCGCCUUGUGGAUGACAGCGGGAUGAACAGGCAGUGGCUCGGGUGGUUGUUGUCCUUGAUGAUCUUUUAGUUUUUUUCACCACUUCACUCGUUUCUGCACGGUGAUCAUUUGUUCCCUACUGUUUUAUGUAUUCUACAUUUCUCUUCAUAUGGAUUGGAAAGGAUUGUACUCACAGUUUUACGUAAGUAUUUUUGGGGACAGACUGUUUAAGUCUACUGUCACAACCAUACAGUCACUUUUUUGACAAGCCUGCGGGAAUAGUGGUGCAGCGCACACACUCAACCACCAACAAACAACUCUAGUGCCUGAUAUUCCAAUUGCCUUCGCCAGGGGUUGCAGGUCUAUUUCUAAAAUUCAUUUAAUGAUCAUACCGGUGUGUCGUGUUGCUGAAUAUGUACCAUAAUCAAUAGAGAUUGGCUUGUGGCUACUUCUUCGAUCAUGUUAAUGUCAAAAUGAAUGUAGCAUUGAUGAUAAUAAAGGAAGAACUUGUGUUUGGUCA